UUCAUGCAGCACACAUUCUAACCCAGUUUUAUUAUUCAGGCGCCAAAUUUAUAACAAAAUAUUUUAACGCAAACUUAAAUUUUAAAUGGAAGAACAAAAGCUUCUAAAGAAGAAAAAAAAAGCUGUGGGUAACAACUCCAGCUUGGUAUCUGCCUGUACAGAUUUAGCGGAGUACUAUGCGUCCCACGGCAAAUAUUCGAAGGCAAUAAGAGAAUUCGAAAUUGUGGCUAAUAUUUAUAAAGGGGAGAAUAAGUUAAUACCAUAUGCACAGGCCCACAGAGGUAUUGGAGAGGCUUAUAUGGGGCUAAACCAGUUUGAAAAUGCCUUGAAACACUUUAAAAUAUAUUACGAUGUUGCCAAUAGUACAAAUGUUGUUUUGGAGCAGCAAAGAGCCUUGGCUCAAACUGGUCACUUGUAUUUAACUUGGUUUUUGGAAACUAUAACUGAAAAUAAUAGAUCACUGCUGGAAGAUGCCUAUUGUUAUUUUAUGAAAAGUAUGAAAAAGUGUGAUAGUUUGAAUGACAAUUUAGAAAAGCAAGAUAUGUUGGCAAGAUUGUUCUCUAAUUUGGGAAUUGUUAAAGAACAUUUGGGAGAGUAUGAGAUUGCUAAGAGUUUGUAUGAAAGAAGCAUUAAACUGUGUCUCAAACAUGAUUUAUAUGACCAGUUAUACAGAGGUUAUAUGGCCAUGGCUUCUUUAUUGGAAAAACAAUCUUCAUACCAAGAAACAAUUAAGAAUUAUAAUUUAGCUGAAGAAUGUGCCAAGAAACUGGGUGAAAAAAGUGUGGAGUUUCUUUGCGCAGCGAUGCUCGCCAAGUCAGAAGUUUUUAUCAAAUUGGCAGACUUUAACGGAGCUAAGCAAGUGUUGCGAAGAGCGUAUAAUUUAAAAACGCCGAGUCAGCAGGAACGAAAGGUCAUUGAGCAUCAUUUAAGGGUGGUCGCCGCAUUGUGUUAUACCGAGGACCAGGUUAUAAUGUGCAGCGACGAUAACCAGUUGAAAGUAUUGUACGAGAAAUUGGGCGACGGGGCGUGCGAUCUGAAAAAUUUCUCGAAAGCUAUAGAGUAUUAUAAAAAAAUGUUGGAAGUGGCACAGAGGAGCGGAGCGAGCAACAAAGAACUGGGAGAGUGUUACUUUAGUUUGGGCGAGACUUUUAAAGAUAACGAGCAGUACAGGGAAGCCGAGUUUUACUACGAAAAGGAAUAUAGGCUAUGCGAGGAUAAUUUAAAAGAUAGUUUAAACACUCUUAGUAAAAUAGCAGAUUUGAAAGAGCUUGCGGGCGAUAGAGUUGGCGAAGUGAAGAAAGUGUACGAAAGAGCUUUGGGCAAUUGUAAAAGUAAGGGCAGUUUGGUGGAAGAGAAACGGAUGUUGGUUAGGUACGUGGAUUAUUUGCGAAGAUUCGAUUGCCAUGUGGACGCUUUUAAAUUGGAAACACGCCUCAGCGAACUGAGAGAGAUAGAGGGGGGCAAAGAGGAGACGUCGUCUUCCGAUAACGAGAGCGAAGAUUCGGAACUGAAAGCGCAUGUCGGGGAGGACAUUGUGCUUAGCGAUAUUACAGAUGUGUCCGGCGACGAUUCGGACAACGAUCAAUCCACCAAACCCACAACCAACAGGCAAAUGAACAAACGACGUAGGGCGAAUGUAAAAUUCAAAAAGAAUCUCAACGGUGAAUGGCCCUUGCACGUCGCUUGCAUUCAAGGAAACUUAAAACGGGUACAGUACUGGCUGGACGUGGACCACCCCGUCAACGUUAGAGACAACGCGGGGUGGUUGCCGCUGCACGAGGCGGCGGUCCAUGGCCACCUGGAUAUAGUUAGGUUGUUGUUGGACCACAAGGCGGCCAUAAACGAUCGCGGCGGCGCCGAAUGCAACGGUAUCACUCCGUUGCUCGACGCGGCCAGCAACGGUCACUUGGAGGUGGUCGAGCUGUUGCUCGAUCGGGGGGCGUCGGCGGUAGCAAAGACCGACGACGGAAGUACCGCGUUGAACGAAUUACAAAAAUGGCGGGAAAGAGCUAGCUCCGAGUUGAACGACGAGGAAAAGACGUCGUUUAACAAAGUGGCGAAGCGACUGAGCGACGCGCUGGAUAAGGUUGGGGAGAAGUGUGACGAUUUCAAGGUUAAGAAUCGUGCGCAGGACAAGGAGAACGUUUGUUUGGGGAAUCUGAGGAGGCGGUUAGAUACUUCCGGUGAUGAGGUUGUGCACCAAGACGACGAGCCGCCACACAGUUUGGCGGAUGAGUACCAGCAGGUGAUGAAAACUCUGCGUCAUAAAAGCUAUGGCAAACCGACGGGGAAGGGAUCACCUGCGAAAAAAAAGGUGGGCCUCCUGGACGCGGAGGAAGAUCUGUCAGACGAUUGGUUGGAGGACGACACGAAACCGACGAGGUCGAAGAAACGGAGACUGGACGACGCCGAAAAGGUGUGGAGGAGAGAGAGGUCGUCUGGCAGCGUGAGGUCGGCAGGAUCGCAGUCGAGAUCUGCGCAGUUGGUUAGACAUACGUCGUACGGUAGCUGUUCGAUGUCGCCGGCUAAAUCUAUCCUCGACGGCCCUUUCGAAGUCGAAGACACAUCCGAUAACUUUUUCAUCGCGGACGCAGAUGUUCAGCCUGUCGCCUACGUCGAUCCCACCGAACGUCGAAGAUCGAACGAGAGCAAAAGGCGCACUCAAACCUCUCUCCUCGAAUCCGGUUUCAGCAAAAGCCGCGUCAGCAUCUCACCGUCGUCCAAUCCGAGCUCGCAGAGAUCCAGCAGUUUCGAUCGCAGUCAGCAGAGGAAGUUGACCAGUUUCGGUCAUACCAGGAUCGUCGUGGAGGCGGACUCUACGACAUCGAGAACGCCUACGAAGGCGAGAGAAGGGGCGGAUCUCACGCUAUUCGUGGACGUGGAGAUCGAGCGAAGGUUGUUUAGGGUGCCGGUACUCUUCUCCCAGGUCCAAAGCAGGACAAUAAGGUGGUUGGCGGAGGAGGCCGCCCAAAGAUACGCAAGCAAGGAGUUCAUGAAGCCUUCGCUGGAACUGGAAACCGUCAACGGCGCCAUCUUGGCGGACGACGAUAUGCUCGGUCUGUUGUUUCCGAUGGGGAACGUACAAGCCGAGAAGGUAGUCGCCAGGGUAGUAGACUGGACGCUACCUUCGCUCGCGCAGAGGUACAAGGAAAGCUGCGCGCACAUGGGGGCCGACAUCGAUGAAGACGUGUGCGAGCUCUUGGAUCGCGUGUCCAUCGGCCUCGACCUCUCUGACAGAGGCCUGACGAGCAAAAACGUAACGCCGUUGGUGAAAGCGCUCAGCCACCAGAGCACGUUGGCGGCCUUGAACCUCAGCGGUAACUUUAUCGACAUGCAAGCCACGAGGGCGCUCUGCGCGAGCCUCGUAACUCUGCGCAGUCUCCGCGUGUUGAAUCUAAGCUGCGCGGGCAUCCGCAGCGCCGAAGUUUCGAUCCUGCGCCGCUGCGUGUGCGAAAACGAUUUUCCAAACCUUUCCGAGUUAGAGUUGAGCGAUAACCCGCUAGGGAGCGAUAGCGUCGAACACUUGGCCGCGAUUUCGACGCGAUUGAAGUUGAGCGCGUUGAACGUCAGCAAUGCCGGCUUGGGCGCGACGCCGACCGACGCCGAGUUCGAUUUAAAACUUUUGCGGCGGUUAGACGUGAGCAAUAACGAAUUGGGCGUCGACGAUAUCAAGAAACUCGUAUCAGCGUGCGAUCCGAGCCGAUUGACGAGGUUAGACGUGUCGAAUAACAGGGCCGCAGGGGUGCUUAGGGGUAUAGUCGAAAGCUUUGCGCCUGCGAAGGUCGUCGCUUUGGAACGGGUGAAUCUAAACAGGUGCGGGGUCACCGAUUCGGAUCUGUUCGGGCUGUUACGGCUGGCACCGAGGUUAACCGAUGUAGAUCUUUUGUACAACUCCGACCUAACUUCAAUUUCGUUGCGGAGACUUCUAGAACGCGGAGCGAUGAAACGGAUAAAUUUGAUCGGUUGCGCGGGGGUGUGGAAGUAUUUCGAAGAUGCGGCCGAUUGGAGCAUAGGCUUCGGCACGGGGGGCGGGGAUAAGAUGCUCAAAAUGUCAGCCGAAGGAGGCGAGCGGCGCGACGCGUUGGUGAGGGUCAUCACUGAGAAGUGCCCGCGUUGCGUGGUCGAAAUAUCCGCCUGUUCUUUGUGUCUGAAGAUGUGAAUUGUAUUUUUUAUUCUUGUUUAGGUCUGUUUUUAAAAUAAG